AUGCAGCUCUUCAGUCUCUCGUCGGCCCUCGUUGCCCUCGCCGGCCUCGCCUCGGUCAGCGCCUCGUCUUCCGGAAGCAGGCAUCCCAAAUUUGUCGCCCGUCAGGCCGCUGGCGACGCCCCCGUCCCGCUCACGCCCAACCAGGUCAACGAGGGCCAGCCCCUCCUCAUCCAGUGGACCCCCACCACCAACGACGCCUGGAAGAGCAUGGAGAUCAAGUUCAUGACCGGCAGCAACCAGCACAUGACGGAGCUCGCUACCAUCGCCUCCAAGGUCGACGGCACCGCCGCUGGCGGCGGAAAGCUGCAGUGGACCGCCCCCGCCGUCAACCCCAACGCCAAGAUCUACUUCUUCCAGUUUACCCACAACGACCAGGAGCCCACCUGGACCACUCGCUUCGCCAUCGCCGACGCCAGCGGAAAGGUUGUCGACCCGCCCGAGGCUAACCAGCCCGAAGGUGGCAGCCCCGCCAUUCCCUGGGGCACCGGUGCCAUCGAGGGCGCCGUGCCCUCUGCCGGCGCCGCCGACGGGUCGUCCAGCUCGAGCAGCGGCGCCGCCGCCUCUACUUCGGCCGCCUCGUCGUCGGCUGCUCCCACGUCGGCUGCCCCUACCUCGACCGCCUCCCGCUCCGGCUCGGCCUCGGCCUCUGCCUCGACCGCUACCAGCAGCGGCAUCGACUUCAGCAAGUUCAACUCGGGCAACCAGCCCUCGUCGGCCUCUUCGAGCUUCAAGGUUGCGUCGGCUGCCGCCGUUGUGGGCAGCGCCGUCUUUGGCGUUGCAGCCCUUGCUCUGCUCUGA